CUUCCAACUCAGGUGAGUGCAUCGACUUUGAUAUAUUAAUAUUGCUUAAGUAAUGGAUGUUCUAUGCAGUUGUAACAGUUAAGGCUAGUUUACCUCUUUAGUAUGAUCUGCAUUCAUAUUUUCUUUUAAAGCUUCCUGAGUGUUACCAUAGGUAUUGUACAGUGUUUUAAAUUGUUUUAAAUCUACUACACUAUAUUUAACAAGCCUCUCUGUAAUUAAAGAUAUUGCAAAAUUAGAACUCAUAUUGGACAUAUCAAAUAUAGUGAAAUAAACAGGACUAACUGCCCAUACUUUCCACUCUUUGCACAAAAUGUUAUGAUAAGACCACACAGAAUGUAGCACAAUAAGAUAUCAAAUAAAUUAUAUGCAUGGAUUUAAGAAAUGAAAAUAUUUUUGUGUAAGAUUAUGGACUAAUGCUUGAUAGUUUAUUAACAGGAUCAAGAGAACAGACCUGACUGUUUACCGUCUUCUCUUGGGAUCGGCAAAGGUAAAUGAAUGUCUAUUUCAUUCAUGAGCCAAAAGUUCCAAAAAAGCACCUCACCGAGUAACAAACAGCAUAUCAACAUUUAGUUUAAUAAAGAGCAGGGAUAAUUUGUAUGCAUUCCCCUCAACAAAUUACCAACAGUGUAUCAACAUUUAGUGUAAUAAAGAAUGGAGAGAUUUUGUACAUAUGCCCUCUUUUCAGAAACUUAAGGUGCCACCAUGAGCACAGACGCAGAGAUGGAGGCCUAUGGCAAGGCAGCCAUAUUCCUCCGAAAACCUGAGAAAGAGAGGAUUGAGGCCCAGACUGCACCGUUUGAUGCCAAAACAGCCUAUUUUGUGACUGAUGUAGAGGACAUGUAUGUGAAAGGGAAACUCACCAAACGAGAGGGUGGUAAGGCCACAGUUGACACAGUGACAGGAAAGGCAAGUAUGAUCAUUACUAAACUGUAUAUUCAUUCACAUAUGAAUGGCAGACUAGCUGACCAGUGGUCAAAGGAUAGCUCUUUAAUGUUACUCUAUAGGUCCUCUAAGUAAUAUUAAACAAGAUGAAAACAUACAACUACCUUACUUAAUUGUUUUGGGUUUUUUUCUUUCUUGUAUGCCCUAUUUAGACCGUCACUGUAAAAGAAGAUGACAUCCAUCCCAUGAAUCCUCCAAAGUUCGACAAAAUUGAGGACAUGGCCAUGAUGACCCACCUCAAUGAACCUGCUGUGCUGUAUAACCUCAAAGAGCGUUUUGCAUCAUGGAUGAUCUACGUAAGCCUAAAUCUUCUAACUGGAUUUGCUUGUGUCUGUAAAGCACGUGCAUUACACCCGACAAUGUUCCUAUCUUUUGUGCCACAGACCUACUCUGGGUUGUUCUGUGUCGUCGUGAAUCCCUACAAGUGGCUUCCAGUGUACGAUGCUCAGGUUGUUGGGGCAUACAGAGGCAAAAAGAGGAUUGAGGCUCCACCCCACAUCUUCUCCAUCUCUGACAAUGCCUAUCAGUUCAUGCUCACUGGUAUGAUUUCAGUUACCUAAAAGUUGUAUUAGAGUGAUGAUGCAAAAAGGCUGUGGUUAAACAAUAAAUGUUGUUUUUAUAUGCUAAUUUUUCAGAUCGUGAGAACCAGUCUGUCCUCAUCACGUAAGUAUAACACAUUAUGUCAAUACAACUCUUCAAGAAUUUUAUGACAUACUAGCAAAGCGAAUAAAAGUUUUGUCUUCAUUCCCAAGUGGAGAAUCUGGUGCAGGAAAGACUGUCAACACCAAGCGUGUCAUCCAGUACUUUGCAACAAUUGCAGUGGCUGGAGCUGGAUCUAAGAAGGCUGAGCAAGGGUCUGGAAAAAUUCAGGUAAAGUUUGUGCCUUCUAACAAUCUUCUCAACUGUUGAAUUUUGAUGAAUUAUUUUUAUAUAGCUUUUACAAUGCCUCCUUGUAGGGCUCGCUGGAAGAUCAAAUCAUUGCAGCCAACCCUCUGCUAGAGGCCUAUGGUAAUGCCAAAACUGUGAGGAAUGACAACUCCUCUCGCUUUGUACGUAUUCUUGUUAUGAAUCUUCACACAACUUUCUUAGUUUCUGCUCACAAGUCUUGAAGUAACUUUUUUUUAUGAUGUUUAGGGUAAAUUCAUCCGUAUCCACUUUGGCUCUACUGGCAAGCUGGCUUCAGCUGACAUUGAAACUUGUAAGAAUUUUUUUUUCUCAUUUUUGGUUGGAAAGUUAGUACUGUACACAUUUCAAUGUUAUACUCACCAUUAUUUCUUUACAUUUUUUCUGUACUCUAAGAUCUGCUGGAGAAGUCCCGUGUCACCUUCCAGUUGUCUGCUGAGAGGAGCUACCAUAUCUUCUACCAGCUGAUGACAGGCCACAAGCCUGAGCUCCUGGGUAUAAUUCUACAAGAUAAAAACAUGAUCUGAGACGAAUAUUGUGAGAAAAAGAGUCUUUUUUAGCUUAAGUAUUUCCUCUAAUGUCUUUCAGAGGCCCUUCUGAUCACCACCAACCCCUAUGACUACCCAAUGAUCAGCCAGGGUGAAAUCACUGUCAAGAGCAUCAAUGAUAUUGAGGAGUUCAUUGCUACAGAUGUAAGUUUACACUAUUUUGUACAUUACUAGAAGAUAAAUAAAUGUCAAACCUUUUCACUAAAUUUUUCUUGUAUUAUUAGACUGCCAUUGACAUCUUGGGCUUCAGUGGAGAAGAAAAAGUUGCCAUUUACAAGUUGACUGGUGCUGUGAUGCAUCAUGGGAACAUGAAAUUUAAGCAGAAGCAGCGUGAGGAGCAGGCUGAGCCUGAUGGCACUGAGGGUAAUUGUGUUUUAAGUGCAAAAUAAUUUAUAAAUGCAAUAUAAGAAAGUAGACACAAAAAGCCCCUCACCCCACAACCCAAUGGAGUUAACUUACACAGCAAGAAUGGAAUCACAGCUUAAUCACGCCUCUGUGGCAGGAGGUAAUAUUGAUUGCAUAUUUCAAACUUAUUCAUCCAUUUCUUCAUUUAUUUAAUUAUUAUUUUAGUCAGUCAGUAUAUUACAAACGGCUACCAAGAGACAACCCCGAAAAGUCUAUUGUCUGUACACAAUUAGUGAUGUAGAGGGAUAAAAUUAAUUAACUUAUUCAUUCCAGUUUACAGUGAUCCCUUAAUAUUCAACUGAAAACUGAAUUUAGUGUACAAGAUUGUGAGUACAGGCAGUGAACAUCAAGUGAGCCGCCAGUUAAUGGCUACAAACCUUUUAUUCACAGUUGAAAUAACAAAUUUAGUGGUGAUAAGUAAUCUUAAUAAUCUGAUAGCUUAUACUGUUGCUUUAAUGUGUUGACAGUGUUUGUCUGAAUUCCAGUUUAUUUCUCUAUAUAAAUGGAGAUAUUUUUCCUUACUCUUAGUGGCUGAUAAAAUCGCUUACCUCAUGGGCUUGAACUCAGCUGAUAUGUUGAAGGCUCUGUGCUACCCAAGAGUCAAGGUCGGAAAUGAGAUGGUGACCAAAGGUCAGACCGUCCCACAGGUAAAAGGGCAAAAUUUUGUUUAAAAAUUUCAAAUAAAAAAAAUUGCAUUUCUAUAAGACAUUUUUCAGGAAAUUAUCUUACAAACAUUCCUUCUUCCAGGUCAACAAUGCUGUCAGUGCUCUGUGCAAGAGUGUCUAUGAGAAAAUGUUCUUGUGGAUGGUCAUCCGUAUCAAUGAGAUGCUGGACACAAAGCAACCAAGACAGUUCUUCAUUGGCGUCUUGGAUAUUGCUGGUUUUGAGAUCUUUGACGUGAGUAGUUGGAAAACAUUCAACAGUUUUCAACUUAAAUCCUGAUUUGCCAUCAAGCUAAAUCCUUUUUAAUUACAGUACAACAGCUUGGAGCAGCUCUGCAUCAACUUCACCAAUGAGAAACUGCAACAGUUCUUCAACCACCACAUGUUCGUCCUGGAGCAAGAGGAGUACAAGAAGGAGGGCAUUGAUUGGGAGUUCAUUGACUUUGGUAUGGACUUAGCUGCCUGCAUUGAGCUUAUUGAGAAGGUAAGACAAAUUUAGAAUGAAGGACUGCAAUCUUUUUUUUCUGAAAGCACCUGUAAUUUUGAAACUUCCUUUCAGCCAAUGGGCAUCUUCUCCAUCCUUGAAGAGGAGUGCAUGUUCCCCAAGGCUACAGAUGCUUCUUUCAAGAACAAGCUGCAUGAUCAGCAUCUUGGCAAGACCAAGGCCUUUGAAAAGCCCAAACCAGCAAAGGGCAAAGCUGAGGCUCACUUCUCCUUGGUUCACUAUGCUGGUACAGUAGACUACAAUAUCACUGGCUGGCUGGACAAGAACAAGGACCCUCUGAAUGACUCUGUUGUUCAGCUCUACCAGAAGUCUUCCAACAAACUGCUGGCCAUGCUUUAUGCAACCCAUGCUGCAGCUGAUGGUAGGAAACUAAUACCGGGACUCCUUAGUGUAAAUUCAGUAGUUCAUUUAAUCACAUAUUCUGAUGUACUUGAACAUAGAAUUUGGAGUUACAAGUUUCCUGUUAUUAUCUUUGUCAAUACAGAAGGUGCUGGUGGUGGCAAGAAAGGUGGCGGAAAGAAGAAGGGUGGUUCCUUCCAGACUGUGUCUGCUCUCUUUAGGGUAUGUUUAGAGUUCAAAAUAUAUUAAAUCUAGCAUUACAUGAAAUAUAAUAUUUGAAACUACUGUUUCAAACAAAAACAUUUUGUCCCAUAGGAGAACUUGGGCAAGCUGAUGACCAACUUAAGGAGCACCCAUCCUCACUUUGUGCGCUGCUUGAUUCCCAAUGAAACUAAGACCCCAGGUUUGGUCCUGCAGUGGGUUCUUCUAUUUUAUAUUUCCCUCUAAAAGAGCAACUUUGCCUUUAACACAAGCAAUGUGUACAAUGUGCAGGUCUUAUGGAGAACCACCUGGUCAUCCACCAGCUGAGGUGUAACGGUGUGCUGGAGGGCAUCAGAAUCUGCAGAAAGGGCUUCCCCAGCAGAAUCCUCUAUGGUGACUUCAAGCAGAGGUAACUUUUCAAUUUAAAAUCAUGAGAUUGAGAAAUGGCAAAGGUGCAAAGUUAAUAUAUUAAAAAUGUUGUUUAUUAAUCUUUUAGAUACAAAGUAUUGAAUGCCAGUGUCAUCCCUGAGGGUCAGUUCAUUGACAACAAGAAAGCUUCUGAGAAGCUGCUGGGCUCCAUCGAUGUGGACCACACUCAGUACAAGUUUGGACACACUAAGGUUCAUUUUCAUGGAUAUCAAUAUUGUAGUAGUUGUGCUACAUGUAGUAUAUUGGUGUGCUUAUUUUAUUAUUGGUGAAACUACACAGGUGUUCUUCAAAGCCGGUCUGCUGGGUACACUGGAGGAGAUGAGAGAUGACAAACUGGCUACGCUGGUGACCAUGACUCAGGCUCUCUGCAGAGGAUACCUCAUGCGUAAAGAGUUUGUGAAGAUGAUGGAGAGGAGGUAGGGUUUCUGAACACUGACAUUUUUUUUGUUUGAAUGCUUCAUUUGGUAUGUGAAAUUGUUUCUUUAAUUAAUGUUGUGAAUGUUGGAAGUAUUUUUUCAGUAAUGCACCUGCUGUUGUUUUAUCAGAGAUGCAAUCUUCACUAUCCAGUACAACAUCAGAUCCUUUAUGAAUGUGAAGAAUUGGCCAUGGAUGCACCUGUACUUCAAGAUCAAGCCUCUCCUAAAGAGUGCUGAGACUGAGAAAGAGCUGGCCCAGAUGAAAGAGAAUUACGGCAAAAUGCAGUCAGACCUGGCUACUGCCCUGGCCAAGAAGAAGGAACUUGAGGAGAAGAUGGUUUCUCUGUUGCAGGAAAAAAAUGACCUGCAACUGCAAGUAGCAGCUGUGAGUUAAAUGGAAAAGAUAUAAUUAUGGACAUUACAUACCCUUCAAUCUGAAGUGUUUCUUUAUAAAGUAACUCAUGAUCAUUUUUUUAAAUAACCUUAAUCAACACAAAUUAUGUUCAUGAUUAAAUUGUAGGAAGGUGAGAACCUUUCUGAUGCUGAAGAAAGAUGUGAGGGACUUAUCAAGAGCAAGAUCCAGCUCGAGGCCAAACUCAAAGAGACGACUGAGAGACUGGAGGAUGAAGAGGAAAUGAAUGCUGAGCUGACUGCCAAGAAGAGGAAACUGGAGGACGAAUGCUCUGAGCUCAAGAAAGACAUUGAUGACUUGGAGCUCACCUUGGCCAAAGUGGAGAAGGAGAAACAUGCCACAGAAAACAAGGUUCACAUAGCUUAAUUUGUUCUGAUGCAAAACAGCAAUCUUCGCAUGGAGGCGUGCCAAUUGUUUAUUGGCAAAAGGUAGAUGUAACAAAGCAUUUAUUUUUAGGUGAAAAACCUGACAGAGGAGAUGGCAUCUCAAGAUGAGGCCAUUGCCAAGUUAACAAAGGAGAAGAAAGCCCUCCAAGAGAGCCACCAGCAAACUCUGGAUGAUCUCCAAGCAGAGGAAGACAAGGUCAACUCUCUGACCAAGGCCAAGACCAAGCUGGAACAGCAAGUGGACGAUGUAAGACAGUAACUGCUUUUGUGGUUUGACCCAUUAUUACAUGAAUGACUCUUGGCAUUAUUAUCUCUCUUAAGAUGAACUUCAGUUAAUUGUCAUAACUCUAAUUUGACAGCUUGAAGGAUCUCUGGAACAAGAGAAGAAGCUCCGCAUGGACCUUGAGAGGGCAAAGAGGAAGCUUGAGGGAGAUCUGAAACUGGCCCAGGAAUCCAUAAUGGAUCUGGAAAAUGACAAACAGCAAUCUGAGGAAAAACUCAAAAAGUGAGAUGAAAAAUGUUGAUUAAAUUCCCAAUAUCAAAUGUAAAUGUCAUUAAAAAAACAUUAUAUUGAUUCUUGAUGUUUUGCACAUCAAGGAAAGACUUUGAGACCAGCCAGCUCCUCAGCAAGAUUGAGGAUGAACAGUCCCUUGGUGCCCAGCUUCAGAAAAAGAUCAAGGAGCUCCAGGUACAUCUUUGACUUACACAGUGGACCCAGGAUGAUAUAUACAAUACAUUACUCUCCAUUUAGUAAGCCUCUUUGAUAUAUUGUCAUCAACAACUAGGCUCGUAUUGAGGAGCUGGAGGAGGAGAUCGAGGCUGAGAGAGCUGCUCGGGCUAAGGUGGAGAAGCAGAGGGCUGAUCUCUCCAGGGAGCUUGAGGAGAUCAGCGAGAGGCUUGAGGAAGCUGGUGGAGCAACAGCUGCCCAGAUUGAGAUGAACAAGAAGCGUGAGGCUGAGUUCCAGAAGCUGCGUCGUGAUCUUGAAGAGUCCACCCUUCAGCAUGAAGCUACCGCUGCAGCUCUGCGCAAGAAGCAGGCUGACAGUGUUGCAGAGCUGGGAGAGCAGAUCGACAAUCUCCAGCGUGUCAAACAGAAGCUGGAGAAAGAGAAGAGCGAGUACAAGAUGGAGAUUGACGACCUCUCCAGCAACAUGGAGGCUGUUGCCAAAGCAAAGGUAUGCACUAUGCACUGUGACAGCAACAGAGUUUGCAAUUUCCAAGUGGUAUAUUCACUACAUCAAGAUAAUUCCAUUUACAUGUCAACUACAGGGCAAUCUGGAGAAAAUGUGCCGUACACUUGAAGAUCAAUUAAGUGAAAUUAAGUCCAAAAAUGAUGAGAACGUCCGCCAGCUAAAUGACCUGAGUGCACAGAGGGCAAGACUGCAAACAGAGAAUGGUCAGUAACCAGUAGUGUGAAUGAACUUAUGUUGCACUACAUCCAAAAUGUUAGUUGUGGUAACAUUUGUUUACUUUCCAAAGGUAAAUUCCCUUUGCUUCUAACUUUGACUUAAUGUUUUGUAUUAUAAUUGUAAAUCAGUUGUGAGUUAUUGUAAAUUAUUUGGGUUCAUGUAUGGAAAGUAGGGCAGCGUUCCUUAUUAAAUUGUUACCAUUGUUGUUUCAGGUGAGUUCACUCGGCAGAUUGAGGAGAAGGAAGCCCUCAUUUCCCAGCUCACCAGAGGCAAACAGGCUUACACACAGCAGAUUGAGGAGCUUAAAAGACAUAUUGAGGAGGAAGUGAAGGUACGGGAACUUUAUGUGUUUUAUCUCAUAACUUACAAUGCGUAAUCUGAGAUAUACUUUAGAUGGUUAUACCAAUGAUUACAGACUGUCAUGACAAAUGAGGCCAUGGCAUUAACUUAUUUCCAACUGUAUAAAAAAUUACAGAGUAAUUUCUAGUAUGUUCAAGAAUGCUCAGUGUUUUGUAUCUUAACUCUGUCAUGAUAAUUAGUUUGGCUUGGACAAUGAUUUUUUUAUUAUCAUAAAUUUAUAGGCCAAGAACGCCCUGGCCCAUGCUGUUCAGUCAGCACGCCAUGACUGUGAUCUUCUCAGAGAGCAGUUUGAGGAGGAGCAGGAGGCCAAGGCUGAGCUGCAGAGGGGAAUGUCAAAGGCUAACAGUGAGGUGGCUCAGUGGAGAUCCAAAUAUGAGACCGAUGCUAUUCAGCGCACUGAGGAGCUGGAGGAGGCAAAGUACAUCAAACAUUUUUGACUACUUUUGUAAGAUUUUUUUUAAGAGUCCACUUGAACACAAACAAAACCUUAUUCAUUUCAGGAAAAAGCUUGCCCAGCGUCUGCAGGAUGCUGAGGAAUCCAUUGAGGCUGUGAACUCCAAGUGUGCCUCACUGGAGAAGACCAAGCAGAGGCUGCAGGGUGAGGUGGAGGACCUCAUGAUUGACGUAGAGAGAGCUAAUGCUCUGGCUGCCAACCUUGACAAGAAGCAGAGGAACUUUGAUAAGGUAUUAGAGUGUGAAAUAAACUUCACACAAUGUUAGGCUACUCCCCCUCACCCAAAAAAAUAUGGACGUAAUAUUUUGAAUUAAUCUGUAUCUUUCAAGGUUCUGGCAGAAUGGAAACAGAAGUAUGAGGAGAGUCAAGCAGAGCUUGAAGGAGCCCAGAAGGAGGCUCGCUCUCUUAGUACUGAACUGUUCAAGAUGAAGAACUCGUAUGAGGAGGCUCUGGAUCACCUUGAGACCAUGAAGAGAGAGAACAAGAACCUCCAGCGUAUGACAUCUCACAACUUACAUUCAAGAACUGUACUAAUAAUCGUGACAUUCAAAGAAUCUGACUUCAUCUGUUUUGUAUUUUAUCUGUAGAGGAAAUCUCAGAUCUGACUGAACAGAUUGGAGAAACUGGAAAAAGCAUCCAUGAACUGGAAAAAGCCAAGAAGGCUGUUGAAAGUGAGAAGGUUGAAAUCCAGACUGCCCUUGAGGAAGCUGAGGUAUUUGACAAUCUAUUUCAGUUUUCCAUGCUCUGUGUAAUUUCAAUGAGUUUUACGAUGUGCAUAUAUUUAAUACUAGAAGUUAUGUUAGUCCCAAACUUAGCUGAGUUCUCUUCCAGGGUACACUGGAGCAUGAAGAAUCCAAGAUUCUUCGUGUUCAGCUUGAGCUCAACCAGAUCAAGGGUGAGGUUGACAGGAAGAUGGCAGAGAAAGAUGAGGAGAUGGAGCAGAUCAAGAGGAACAGCCAGAGGGUGAUGGACUCCAUGCAGAGCACUCUUGAUUCUGAGGUCAGGAGCAGGAAUGAUGCCCUGAGAGUCAAGAAGAAGAUGGAGGGUGACCUGAAUGAGAUGGAGAUUCAGCUGAGCCAUGCUAACAGGCAGGCUGCUGAGGCCCAGAAACAACUGAGGAAUGUCCAGGGACAACUCAAGGUGAGUUUUACAUCAUUUUAGGUGAAAAUUUUCAUGAGAAAUAGAAAAAAAAACUUGGUAUAUUUAUUCUUCUAAUGUUUUCAGGAUGCCCAACUUCAUCUUGAUGAUGCCAUCAGAGGACAGGAGGACAUGAAGGAGCAGGCUGCCAUGGUGGAGCGCAGAAAUGGUCUGAUGCUGGCUGAGAUUGAGGAGCUGAGAGCUGCUCUGGAGCAGACAGAGAGAGGACGCAAAGUGGCUGAGCAGGAGUUGGUUGAUGCCAGUGAGCGUGUUGGACUGCUCCACUCUCAGGUUGACAUUUCUCUAUCAAAAAGUUAAGCAUCUGAAUAUGACUGGAACAAAGUUAUUAAACACUGCUGUUCUCUAUCAUUCAGAACACCAGUCUUCUGAACACCAAGAAGAAGCUGGAAGGUGAUCUGGUCCAAGUUCAGAGUGAGGUGGAUGAUGCUGUUCAGGAGGCCAGAAAUGCUGAGGAGAAAGCCAAAAAGGCUAUCACUGAUGUGAGUUUGUGUUAAAGUCUUCUUUCUGUGUAGUCAACCACAAAAUUUUAACACACUAUCAAAAAGUUAACCCUGUUAUUCUGACCCAUCAACCUCUCAGGCUGCCAUGAUGGCUGAGGAACUGAAGAAGGAGCAGGACACCAGUGCUCACCUGGAGAGAAUGAAGAAGAACCUGGAGGUCACUGUCAAGGACCUGCAGCACCGUCUGGAUGAGGCUGAGAACCUCGCCAUGAAGGGUGGCAAGAAGCAGCUCCAGAAACUGGAGUCCAGGGUAUGCACCUUAGGAUAAAGUGUGUUUAAAAGCUUCCUUCAUGCUUCCAAAGAUCUCUUUACAUGCAUUUAAACCCUUUCAUUAAACUUGGGUUGUUUUUUACCAAAUCACAGGUUCGUGAGCUGGAAGGUGAAGUUGAAGGAGAGCAGAGACGUGGUGCUGAUGCUAUUAAAGGUGUCCGCAAAUAUGAAAGAAGAGUGAAGGAGCUGACCUACCAGGUAUAAAACUCAAAGGACCAUGACAAGUCUUUGACUCGUGGACUUUAUUAAUCCAUAUUAGAUGUAAUGUUGAAAGUGUCUAUAAUUCAGAGUUUCCCUUGAGGUUACCAUAUAUUUCAGGGUAAGAUUUUUUUUAUGCUCAUACACACUAGAUUAAAGGUUUUUUUUUUUCAGAUUGUAUCUUUGGUCCAAUUAAAUAAAUAAAGUAGGAUCUAUUUUUCUUGAUAGGACAAAUAAUUUUUUUUUAAGAGACACAGCCACACAGCAUAAUGUCCAUCUCUAUCUGCAAUGCAUGUUGUAUUUUUUGCAUUUGCAAUGUGUGUUAGUUUAGUGUCUAGUGUUAGUUUUCACAGUUAUGGCAAACUGUAGUGACACACAUUUAAAUUAUUUAGAUAAUUCUUUUUGUUUCUGCUUUGAUACACCACAAGUGACUGAUCUUUACCCUUGCAGACUGAAGAAGACAAGAAGAAUGUGACCAGGCUCCAGGAUCUGGUUGACAAGCUGCAACUCAAAGUCAAGGCUUACAAGAGACAGGCUGAGGAGGCUGUAAGUACACAGUUAAAAAAUAUAUAUACGUACAUUCAUUUGGGUGAAUGACACCAAAACAACUAAAUCAACAAAAUGCUAAACCUCUCACAGGAGGAACAAGCCAACACUCACAUGUCCAGGCUGAGGAAGGUUCAGCAUGAGAUGGAGGAAGCUCAGGAGCGCGCUGACAUUGCGGAGUCUCAGGUCAACAAGCUGAGAGCCAAGAGCCGUGAUGUUGGGAAGGUAAUUCUCACAUUUUCUUGACAAAGAUAUGUACUAUAAAUAAAAUUUAUAACAAGUGUCAGUGAGGUGAAGUAAUAAUGCUGACGAAAACUUAAGAUAUCUGAGAAAUUAUUCACAUCUUAUCUCAAAUUGUUUAACUAUUUUUUCCACCAAUAUAUGAUUCAAAUAAAUUAAUGUAUACCUUCUAUCUCUUGUCUCUUAGGGAAGUGACUCUGCAGAAUGAACUACAAGACCCAACUAAGGCAUCUGGAUGGAGUUCAUACAAUAUGGACCACUGAAAAUGUCUUAAUAAAUCAUCAAUAAAUUAAAAAAAAUCUGUG